AUGAUUUGGCAAGUCUUUAAACAAAAGUUUCACAACCUAAAAAUGAGAGAUUAGAUUUUUUUGGUUAAAAUUUUGGCUUUCUCAAUUAGUUUCUUAUUGGUUGGAUCAUUUUACAUUGUUUAAAAAAAUGUAAUAAUAGGAAUAUAUGAAAACUCCUCUACCACAGUUCUGCAACAUCAAGAUAGAGUAGCACUUAAGCUCUUUCUUCCUUAACUGAAUUAAUAUCUAAUAUCCAAAUAGCAUCAAAGUAAUAUUUUACAUAUACUUUAGGAAUUUAACUUUUAACAAGUUUAGGAACACUUUAUUAACAAUUAGAUAAUUAUCAUAUAUCAGAAUAAUUUGAAGAUGCAUUAAAAUGUUAAACAUUAUAAGAGAAGAAUUUUCUAUUUUAGAUACCAGAACUUUGUUUAACUUGUUAUCUUUGUAAAGAUGGCAAUAAUUUACCUUUAAUUCAAAAAUAUCAAGAUUUAUCAAAAUUUUCUAGAUUACUAUCUGAGUAUAUUCUCUUAUUUGAUACAUUAUAAAAUAAUAGAAUCUUUUUUGUUGCAACUGGAGAUAUUUAAGUUGGAUUUAUUUUUCCUUAAGUCAUAUAUGAUUGGUCCUUUUCUCCUUAAUCCAAGAAUUGGUUUGUAAAUCAUAUGGAUAAUUAUUAAUAAGAUAAAGAUUAGAAAUAUUUUUUCUCAUAACUCUACUUUUCUGGUACUCAAUUUAUUUACAAAUAAACCAUAUCUUAUUCUUUAGAGAAUUAAUACACUAAAAGUUUAGAUGCAAUUGCAGGUACAGAUAUAGAUGCUGAAGAUCCUGAUAUGAGAUUAAUUUAAGCAAAUACUUAUUUAAUAAAUGAAUAAGGUUAGAUAAUUUAUAGAAAUGUCAAUUUAAAUCUCUCAGUCACUGAACUCAAUUUUAUUUAUGAAGAAAAUAAAACUGGAUUUAAUAAAACAGAUUGGAAUGAAAUAUUUAAUUUUGCUAAUAAUAAUCCAAGCAUUUCAAAUUGUUAAUUAGAUGAAAAAUAAAUAUUAUGUCGAUAUAAUUCAAUUUAUAAGAAACCCAUUAAGAUUGUAGCUAAUUAAAUUCCUGGUAAUUUCACCUUAAUGAUGUAAAUUUAAGUUAAAUUAUUAGGUUUACAAAUGCAAGCUUUGAAUAAUUAUUACAAUAAAAUUUUUUAUAAUUAGAACUAAAGGUUUAAUAAGUAAAUGAACAAGCUUUCUAUACAUAAAUAAUUAUAUCUUGCUCUUUAAUUGCAAUUUCUAUGGUUAUUGUUAUUUUAAUGUUUCGUCCUAUUCUAAGAGUUAUGACUGCAGCAAAAAUGUAUAUUAAAAAAAUGGGUAAUAAUUUGGACAAAGAAAUAUUUAAAUUAAUGAAUCCAAAAAAAAAUGGCAAUGGUAUUUUCAAUAAUUUAGAGGUUUAAAUUGUUAAUUUCAGUGAUAUCUUAUCUAGAAAUUAAUAAUAAAAAGGAAAUAUUUGCAAAUAAAUUGAAGAAUAUCAAUAUUAAAAAAAAAUGAUUUAACCAACUCAAAUUGAAUUAUUAUCAGAGUAUGCACAAAACUAAUUAGCAACUCAAUUAUCUAUAUCAACUAACUAUUUACAUUAAAUAGUUUCUCAAUUAUUAAAAUAAUUUAAUUAAUAUAAUCACACUGUCUAAAAAAAUUGA